AUGAGUGAUGUUAAAGAAGAAACGGGGAAAACCGGACCCUCGUCGAUAAAACUUCCUAUGCUAAACAAUACAAAUUACACUGUCUGGGCCAUGAAGAUGAAGAUAGCUCUUAAGGUCAACAAAGUGUGGGAAACCAUUGAUCCUGGAAACAAAAUCGAAGAUAAAAACAAUAUGGCUAUCGCAUUACUCUUCCAGUCAAUUCCCGAAUCGCUAACACUGCAAGUUGGUGAACUUGAUAAUGCAAAAGCUGUGUGGGACGCGAUUAAAGCACGACAUGUUGGGGCUGAAAGAGUACGAGAAGCUCGUUUGCAAACACUAAUGGCAGAAUUUGAUCGUCUUAAGAUGAAAGAGGACGACACGAUCGAUACCUUCGUAGGCAAGCUAUCGGAGAUAUCAUCAAAAUCUGCUUCUCUCGGUGAAGUCAUUGAAGAAACGAAAAUCGUGAAAAAAUUCCUGAAAAGUCUACCACGAAAGAAGUACAUUCACAUUGUUGCUUCACUUGAACAAGUUCUUGACUUGAAAGUAACAAGUUUUGAAGAUAUCGUGGGAAGACUCAAGGCUUAUGAGGAAAGAAUCUGUGAAGAAGAUGAUGAACAACAAGAUGACCAAGGAAAGCUGAUGUAUGCCAACUCUGAAUCUAAUCAAACAAAUUAUGGCAACUAUGGGGGAGCCCGAGGCAGAGGACGCGGAGGCCGUUCCACUUGGAGAGGAAGAGGCCGUGGCAGGUCCGGAAACUUCUAUAGCCAAAGAGAUGCAUACAGACAAGGUCAAGGACGUGACCUCUCACAUAUUACUUGUUUUAAUUGUGAUAAGCAAGGGCAUUAUGCGACUGAAUGUCCUGAUAAGCAAGGACUUAAGCUGCAAGAAACAGUUGAAAACAAAACAGAGGAAACGCAAGAGGCUGAUGAGCUAAUGAUGAAUGAGAUUGUCUACCUCAACGAGCAGAGAGUAGACCCGAGUGUGUUUGAUACAAGUCUAGAUACAAAUAAUGUCUGGUAUCUUGAUAAUGGUGCGAGUAACCACAUGAGCGGCAAUAGAAGAUUUUUUCAUAAACUUGAUGAAACAAUCACUGGAAAAGUAAGAUUUGGAGAUGAUUCCCGCAUUGAUAUAAAAGGAAAAGGAUCGAUUCAGUUUGUUUUUAAAGGAGAUGAGAAGAAAAUCCUAGGUAACGUGUACUAUAUUCCCGGGUUAAAGAGUAACAUAGUCAGCUUAGGUCAAGCUACAGAAGCAGGAUGCGAGGUUCGAAUGAAAGAUGAAGAACUCAUGCUGUUUGAUCGAUAUGGAAAGUUGAUGGUGAAAUCAAUCCGAGCUAAGAACCGACUAUACAAGGUGACUUUAUAA